UGGUUACCUACCCGGAGCCCACCUGAGUUUUCACCGGUGCGACCGACGAUUGCUCGCCGUGUAGUUCGCUGGCGGCACUGAAACAGCCCGGUCAUCAUCAUCGUCGUCGUCGUCGUCGUUGUUGUGGCGUUCGGUUCCCCUUCGUUUCGAAUAUAUCGUUAUUUUGUGCCGCAGAGUGCGCGAAGUUGUGGCCAAUUGGGAGUAUAGUUUCCACUAUAGUUUCAAUAGGUGUAUUCCCCAGUUAAACCCCGAUCGAAGUGGACAGGCAUAAACCUUUGAUUUCGGAUUUCUGAUUUGAGAUUUCUGAUUUCUUGAUUGAUUGACGGAGUGCACAAAGACCGUCGGCAAGUGUGGCGGUUGGUGUGAUAUUGGGAGAGAGGCUUACAAAGCCGGUGGAGGCACAGACCAAGCAAGAUUAAGGAAAAGAAUACAUAGUUUUAAAUACAAAUAUCAUCUGAAGAGGUCUCCAAGAAGAUUUAAUACUUAGACGGAGACAGUUAUUCAGAAAGCAAAAUAAAAGUUACCGCCCUUCCAGGAUUGAGUUAGAACAGCGGCAUCGUCGAGAGUCCGUCGCCCAUCGUGGAUUAUGGGCAUAUCGGAGAUCAAACUGGAGGAACUACCGCAAGAAGCCAAGCUAGCGCAUCCGGAUGCCGUCGUCCUGGCGGACCGAGCACCCGGAUCAUCGUCCGGCGCUGCGCUCACGGUUUCCGGCGGUGCUCCCAGUGGUGCUAGUGGUGGAACCAACAGUCCCAUUUCGGAUGGAAACAGUGACUGCGAGGCGGACGAGUAUGCACCGAAGCGGAAGCAAAGGCGCUAUCGGACAACCUUCACCAGCUUUCAGCUGGAGGAGCUGGAGAAGGCCUUUUCCCGGACCCAUUAUCCAGACGUGUUUACGAGAGAGGAGCUGGCGAUGAAAAUUGGAUUAACCGAGGCGCGCAUUCAGGUCUGGUUCCAGAAUCGUCGCGCCAAGUGGCGCAAGCAGGAGAAGGUGGGCCCCCAGUCGCAUCCGUAUAAUCCCUACCUGCCCAGCGGCGCCGCCACCAUGCAGACAGUUGUAGGAGCCGCCCUGCCGCCGAAUCCCUUCACCCAUUUGGGCUUCCAGCUGCGCAAACCCUUCGAUGCCCAACAUGCCGCCAACCUGGCCGCCUUCCGCUAUCCGCACUUGUCCGCCGGUCCCAUGAUCCCGUCGGGCUACUUUAACCAAUUCCAGAGGGCUCCUCCACAUAUGCUGCCUCCUGGCAUGGCCGGCAUGUACUCCCCCUCGAGCUCCUUCCAAUCGCUACUGGCCAAUAUGACGGCGGUGCCUCGUGGUCCGCCUCUGGGCAAGCCACCCACCGCCCUGCUGGUGGGAUCCCCCGAUCUGCACUCGCCCAACCACCUGCUCGCUUCUCCGCCCACCUCGCCCGCCUCGGGUCAUGGCGCCCAGCACCAGCAUCCAGCGCAUCCGCCUCCGCAGGUGCCACCUCCUUCACAUCCAGUUGGUGUCCAACCUGCUCAAUUGUCGCCUCAGCAGCUGGUCGGGAUUGCCCUGACCCACCAGGCACCGUGUCUGUCUCCGACGCAGACUGCUCCUGUGGCUUUGACCUUGUCUCAUUCGCCACAGAGGCAGCUGCCACCGCCGCCGGCACAGCAUCAGGCGCCACCUAGAGCCGCCACGCCGCCAGAGGAUAGACGCACUUCCUCCAUAGCCGCUCUGCGCCUGAAGGCCAGGGAGCAUGAACUAAAGCUGGAGCUGCUGCGACAGAAUGGACAUGGCAACGAUGUGGUCAGCUAGCUGGAGGAGCGGGAAGAGAAGAUAGAGAAGGAGCUUUCCAAGGAGAACAUGAUGGUCAGGAAGGAUAUCAUCCCAAAUCCAAGUGCAAAAACUUUGCCCGUUCACUGUAGUCCUAAGCCAAUAAGUUAUUCACUUGUAUGUAUUUAACACGGAAUUUGUCAAAUAAAUUCAAAAUGUAAAAUGAA